AGUCCUCUGCUGGCAGGCGCUUAAUGCAAUAUGUGCCCGUAAGAUGAAGUCACAAACAUUGCAACUGUAGUCGACUCCCACUCGCCGGGCAGCACAGACGGGGCAUUAUGUGGACGAGUACCAGCUGGUACCACGGGCUCCUCAUCCUCCUCCAGGACUUCAUUUGUUGCUGCGUCUGAAAUCAGGACAUGGAACUGAAAUCGAAGAGCAAACCUGUGAACGUUCUCCUCGGAUGCGUCGUGGCCGUCUGCUUUUGUACACUUUGUGAGGCUGAAAGAAUCUGCACGGUUCCUCCGGGUCCUGUGACCAUCCCUGAAAACAACACGGCUGACGUGCAGGUGGUGAAAAUUGUCUCCAAUGGUGAUGUGACGCUGACCAUCACCAUAAACCCUGAAGAUCUGUUCUACCUGAGAGGAAACGCCCUGAUGGUGAAGAAAGGACUUGACUAUGAGUUGUUGCACAGUGCGGCUCUGAUGGUGUGGGUGCAGUGCAGCAGAGAAGGCUCCAGAUCUGUGAACGAGUCUGUCGAAGUGUUGGUUGAAAACGUGAACGAUAAUCCUCCAAACUUUGCACAGAGCCACUACAUACUGGACGUGAAUGAGCUCAUUCCAGUCAACUCCAGCGUGGGACUGAUAGAAGCAACAGACGUUGAUUCAGAGCCGCUGUAUUAUCGAUUAGAGCCUGCAACAGAUAAAUAUUUCCGUCUGGAAAACGCCAACACUCCAAAGAUAGUAGUUAAAAGCAUCCUGGACUAUGAUGUCGUACAGAAGAUCUCUCUGGUUUUACACGUGCAGGACACGCUCGACGGUUCGGCCUCCAACGAGCCCUUCUUCACAUCCGUGGCCACCAUCCUGGUGCAGGUGAAGGACGUUGAUAACCGACCUCCCUGGUUUCAGCCUUGUAUGAGGACCAACUUGGGGAUCGCCAAACUGUGUGUGAGCACCGGCUACAGAGGCAAAGUCAAUCUCACUGAGAAGGAGGAAGGGCCGCUGGUGCUGGAGCCGGGUCCGGUGUUCGCCAGGGACGGAGACAAGAACCGCAGCGAGCAGAUCGGCUACAGAAUACUGAGAGGAAACGAGGGGAAUAUUUUCCAAAUCGAUGAGGAAACAGGAAACAUUUCCAUGGCUAAAGCUGCUGAUAUCGUCGGCCCAAUAACUCUCACUGUGCUGGCGUUACAGGUGACCAACAGGGACCAGUUCGCAGUGACACAGGUGACCAUCGAGGUGAUGAAGAAGAGCAGGAACCCUCCUCGCUUCGAGAAGGAGCGAUAUGAAGGAUUUAUCUAUAGCAACUCGGUCCCUGAGAGCAUGAUCCUCCGAGACCGAAGCACCAACCGGCCUUUCAGGGUCCGAGCGCGGGACGAGGACUUUGCUGCUGGUCUGAAUCCAGAUGUGAAGUAUGAGGUUCAGUACAGCAGCUACGUCAACGUCACCUCUGAUGGUUUUGUGAUCCUGAAGAGAGUCGUAAAGACGGAGUCCUUCGCCCUUCAGCUCAGAGCCGUGGACACGACAACUGGAGAGUUUGGAACAGCUGCCCUCUCUGUGCAGGUUAUACCAGCGGUGGCCAGCCCGUCUCCGUCAAACGUCGGCUACCGUCCAGGCGACAUGGCGCUGCUGGGUCUGGUCAUGGCGGCUCUGCUGGUCCUCUGCCUCAUUGUGAUUGGCUUCUUGAUUUCCCGCUUGUGGAAGGGAAACGCCAGCGUGGACAAAAUCUGUGAGUGCCUGGGCCCCUGCCUGAAGUCCGACCAGCCCCGCUCCGGCCACAGAGACUCCCUGCAGUACACCAACGAUGGCUUCCAGAACGAGGGCGACCCGAGCCGGGGGGGCGGCAGGCGCUGGAACAACGCUGUCCCCAGACGGAGCACCUUCCCCCAGGCACGGGGCCGGGUCAUCCCCCUGGAGAGACGGAGCCGCCACUGCUCCUCCUGCGGCGUCUACACCAACCACGUCACCAAGGGGAGCCCGUCGGCAAGACCGUCCAGGAGGGGCAGAGCAGACGGGGACGAGUACAGCAUGAGGUCGAUCCUGGCCAAGCAGAGGAGGAAGGAGGGCCAGAAGACGGUGUGGUUCAAGGAGAGCGAGGACUCCUCUGACAUCGAGGUGGAGAUUAUCCCAGACACUGUGGGCCGGGUGGAGGAGGAGACGGAGGAGGAGCUGGAUAUGGAGGGGGUCGUCAGAGACCCCGCAGCCCCGCAGAGGGAGUCUGACGACGGGCAGGAGAGUCCGAGCACAGAGAGCACCGAGGAGCAGGACGGUGAAGACAGCAGCUCAGAAAAAGAGAAAGAAGGUCAGGAGCAGGAGGGCUGACAGCAGAGGUCAGAGGUCAAACUCCAGGCGGAGAAUGAAACUGAGCUGUUUGUCUUCUGGUCACUGUUUGGACACGGCAGCCUGCAGCAGGGAGGCCUCAGCCGUCCAGGAUGGCUCCUCCAGCAUCUGUGGAUAACUGCCAAACCUCACGUACACACAAGGAUCCAAAAAGUCUUUAUUUUCUACUGUGAGUAUGUUAGAAGACUUAGAAGAGUCCCAGGUAAUAACUUUAUACCAUGUUUGAAACUUGACACAAGUGUUGGCCACAAAUACACACUCUGAAAUGUUUGAUUUGUAUACUCCACUUAUACCAAGCUGACACACAACAUGGGGCUUAUUUUUGUAGUUUUGGUUGUAAUUAUAACUUUGUACUCACUAAAUGACUUUGUGAAAAUGCAGCAGCACGAUUGAAUUAUUACCCCAACUUUCUGCUGCAACUUUGGCCGGCUGAAUGUUGACAGGAGGUGACGACAGACUGACCUGCUGUCGAUUAAAAUCAGGUUAUUGUUGAAAGUGAUGGGAAAAAGAUUUACUGCUAAUAUCACGUAUAGAGUUUGACUGUAUGAUAAUUAGAUGAUAUUGUUUUCUGGUGGCCUGUUAUAAGUGUUUUGUGGCCUGGUGUCGGCUGCAGCCUGGAUACUGGGAAUGAACUGUUGGUUGUUUACAAUCUGAUUUACUGUCUGACUUCUCUGUAGUGAUGUCACAGUGUUCCAACAUCUCUGCAGUUAUUUUGGUGAGUACAACGUUCUCAUAACGAACAGAAAUGACAGCCAGAACUUCUCUAAUAAGAUCCACAUUGGAAAAAAGCGGCCUGUGAGAAAGGGUUGCAAACUGACAGAGGAUCAGUUUCUAAUAAGGCAUCAUUUCUAAAAAGGUUUAAUCGUUCUCAUUAAAGCUGCAACUAACUUUGAUUAUUGAUCAACCUGUCGAUUAUUUUCUAAAGCCAAAUGUGACGUCUUCGAAUGUUUUGCUUCGUCCAGCUAACAGUUCAGAACCCAAAGAUAUUAUAUUUACUAUGACCUAAGACAAAGAAACGCUGCAAAUCCUCAUAUUUGAGAAGUCUGCAGUUAUUAAUGCUGAAGGUAUAUUUAAACUUGUGCGUCAGCUUUAUGCAGAGCCUACGCCGUCAUGAGCGUUAAUAUUUGUACACUUAUACUUGUGUCUGCGUCACUCUGUAGUUACACCUCCGAAACACUAGUCAGUGGUGGGGUUUCUGUGAAGUGCUGUAAAGUUUAGUUGAUUCAAAACACACAUUAAACACACAAUAAACACACAUUAAACACACAAUAGAGACAAUAGAGACAAUUUCAAACACAAGUACACAAAUCAGCUUUAUUAUGACAGCAUUCACAAACACAGCAUUUGUCUUUAUCUGGACACAUUUUCUCCACAAAUACAACAUGCUAAUGUUAUUAGCACAAGCCUAUGGCAUUUCACAUUGUAUAAAUUAGCCUAGCAGCUAGCGGACUUUUCCUCUACUACAUAUAUAUAAAACCAGGAUAAAUCACACACAAGACUUAAAAAGCUAUUUUUGUGGAGGCUUUAUUGUCUUCACAAUUUAUUGUUUCUUAUCUGUGAAAUUAAAUUAAAUUAAAGCUUUGACAGGAGAACUGUGUUGCUGCAACAUGUAGUUUCAUUUCUGGGGAGGUGCAGGUCAGGUUAUGGGGUCGAUUCGAUGCAGAAGUGUAAGUCCCGCUCAAAAUUGUAAUAAACAGAUAUUACUCCAGAAAGUCAGCGAUCAAUAUCUUAUCAAUAAAGCAUUAAUAAAUGAUUUACUGACCAUUAAUAAACUUGUUCAAUUCUUAUAUUUUUAAUAAACGGUGCCUUAUUAGAAAGUGGUGACGAUCAGUUUCUUGUGUUGAUGGAUUUACAGAAUUUUAAUGAAGUAUUUUGAUUAAUUUAUUUCAUAAGUCAGAAACAGACAUUCCCAUCAAUUAUUUUAUCUGUUUGUAAAUUAAAUUUUCAGUUUUCUGUUUUUACAGUAUAAAACUACCAUGGUACCAGAUUUGAUCCCCCUCUCCAACUCGUCGGGUGAGAGGUCAGCUGACGACACGAGUCAGCAGAUAGGUCCAAAAACCUGCCGAGUGACUCGCAGUGAACGAGUCAGCGCGGUGCUGUGAUGAUGAUUUGUCUCAUUGUGUUGGAGCUUUACUAAACUGGAUUUUAUAGUGAGAAAUAUGUGAAGACAAACUUUAUCUACUGAAUACUAAACAGCUGAGAGGAUGUUUUUAUGUGGACUGUGUUUUUAUUGAGCAUGUGCAGUAAAAUAACUUCUGGAUAAAUCUACAGUUAAUGUGUAGCUGAGUUUUUGUACAUUAAAGUGAUGGAGGGAAUAAUAAAGUCUGAAGGGUUUGUUGAGUCUUGGGAUCGCCUCGCUGGUUGAUUAAGUUUUCCUGCACAAAGUUUAACACUUUAGGAAAUUCUGAUAUUUAAACAUUUUAAAGUCCAGGUUUCAGACGCCUUUAGCAAGCAUUUAAACCUUUGAACCUUAAAAAUUUAUUUAAAAAAAAAAACAAGGGGAAAACAGCAAUGAGCAACUUGUUAAGAAAUGUCCUACAAAUUGCAAAAUAAUAAUAGAUUUACCAAGUUAUUUAAAAACAAAACCUAGGGCAAAAUAGCUGGGGAAAUGUAUAAUUAUUAAAUAUUUAAAAUUAUGGUACACUAUUGUUAUUUUUAGGGGCUUUUGGGGUAAUUUCCUUGUUUGUUUAAGUUUUUUUUAAAAACAACUUUUUUUAAUUUUCUCUUUUUACCUAUUCUUGCAAA